CCGGCCAUCGCGGGGGCGCCUCUGCGUAGUCGCUGAAUGGGAGGUGAUGCUGAUGGCCGAGAGCUGGGGGCCGCUGCCGGGGGCCUGGACCGGGGCCAGGCCAGCUUUGCCCUCGCCGACCAUUCCGGACAGGAGCGAGAGGCCGAGAAGGCCAUGGAUCGGCUAGCACCCCACGAGGAAACCCUGUACCUGAUAAGUAGCUACACCCCCUUCCCUGAACCCCUGGCGACCAUGAUCAGCUUUCUCUCUCCAUGGAUUUCCCAGUCCUGGACAGGUGCAUCCAGUGGAGCACAGAGCAUCCCUAAUGGUAGUCCUACCCACGGUGAGGGCACCCACUCGGAAGAGGAAGGGUUUGCUGUGGAUGAUGAGGAUUCUGACGGGGACCUGAAUACCUGGGAGCUGUCAGAAGGCGUGUCCGACCAUCCGCCCAAGGAACAGGCUGCUGAUCUUUUUAACGAGGACUGGGACUUGGAGUUGAAGGCAGAUCAAGGGAAUCCGUAUGAUGCUGAUGACAUCCAGGGAUGCAUUUCUCAAGAGGUCAAACCUUGGGUGUGCUGUGCCCCGCAAGGGGACAUGGUCUAUGACCCCAGUUGGCACCAUCCACCUCCGCUGAUACCCCAUUAUUCCAAGAUGGUCUUCGAAACGGGACAGUUUGAUGAUGCUGAAGAUUGAGUCUGCAGCUGUUUGCCUGGUGGGUGGGCCUGCCCUCCAGAUGAAGGUCUCUCUUCCUUUCAUUGAGGUGAGAGGUCACAUUUGAGGACACAUUCCCAGUGAUCCCCGAGUCGGACACACAGACUGGUGUUAACAAGGCCCCGAUGUCCUCCAGUUCUGUUGUCGUUGUUGUUUUUCAUGAGGUCCUCCUUGGGACAUGUGAGUGUUUGUGUCUGUGUCAGGAGGAGUUGUGUUCUUUAUAAAUAAAGGUAGAAAAAUUUGA